AUGAUUUCUCUGCUGGGCCUCGCUGUAUUGGCAGUAGCCCUAACAGAACCAGCCCGGGCCUUUGUCUCGAUUGGUGGCAGGGACUCUCACAUCUCUAUUACCUCGACUGCUAUAUUACAGAAAAUUAUGGAGACAUGCGAAGCAGAGGCGAACAAGAAUGGUUAUGAGUUCAAAUCUACGGGUAACUCUCCUGAAGAGAUAGUACAUGCCUGUCUGGGUCCCACUGCUACAGGUGAUGUAUCUGGGGCUAAGUUUCACUCAGCUCUCCAGGAAAUCUACAUGCAGAAUGCAUUAGUUGACAGAGACUUCGUCAGUAGUGCCCCUCAUCACUUCAACUCUGAGGCGUUCCUUGAGGGGAGGAGUCUGAUCACUGAGGGAGUAGCGGCCAUAAAAGCGAACAUUCGAAAAGAGAAGUUCCAAGCAGCCAGGGAGACUUUGGGCAAGAUCCUUCACACUCUACAGGACUUCUACAGCCACAGUAACUGGGUGGAGCUGGGUUACAAAGAGCCAUACCUCAAUCUCAUUCGUCCAGAUCUUCCUAUAGAAAACAUAGCAGAUUUGGACACUCCCACCUGCAAAGAUUGUGCCAGUGGAACUUGUCGCAAUCAACUCCUUCCUGACAUCCUGCAAAACCAGAAACUGACGUCUGGAUACAUGGAUAUCAACUCAGAUAAAAAACCCUCUGGUAAAUGCAGUCAUGGUGGACCAUCUGACCUAACUGGAAUCACAGUUCCUCGUGGGGGCAUUCACAAAGACUUUAGGCGUCCUGAUAACCAGCAAAAGUACGAAGCGGUGAAGGUUGCCAUGAAGGCAACAUUGCAGCUGCUGGAGGACAUCCGCCGGGCCGCAGGUGACAAAGACUUCCUCAGAAUGUUGGGCAUUGCUCGCUCCUCUGUUGUGUGCUUUGUCAUUGACACAACUGGCAGCAUGUCGGAUGAUAUUGAAGAAGCCCGAAAAGUGGUAUAUGAAAUCAUUGACAGUAAAAAGGGAACGCAGGAUGAACCAUCUGAGUAUAUUUUGGUGCCUUUCAAUGACCCUAAAUUUGGACCUGUUACCAAAACAGUAGAUCCUGAGAUCAUGAAAAUGGAAAUUUCAAAACUUAACGCACAAGGAGGUGAUGAUGAGCCUGAGAUGUGUUACUCGGGUAUUCAGCUGGCCUUGACAACUGCCCCUUCCUACUCAAACAUCUAUGUUUUCACUGAUGCUUCGGCCAAAGAUGCCAACCUAAAAGAUACACUUAUUGCUCUAAUCCGAACAACCAAGUCAACGGUCAACUUCUUCAUUACAGGCAGCCUUAAGAGACGACGUCGCUCGACUGGAACAGGAUCACUUAACGACUACAAAGACCUGGCUCUCGCUUCAGGAGGACAGGCCAUUCAAGUGACCAAGGACCAGCUGUCAACGGCCACUGAUAUCAUCCUGGAUACUUCCACAUCUGCUCUGGUGACAAUUCUCCAACAAGCAAGGAACCCUGGAAAGCCAGACACGUUCUCAUUCAGUCUGGAUGAUUCCCUGAAAAACAUCACCAUCUACAUUACUGGCACAUCUCUCAGUUUUACACUGACAAAUCCUGCUGGUGUGACCCAAAGUAGCAGCCAAACCACUGGUGCCCUGGCAACUAUUAAAUCAGUUGGAAACCUUUGGCACAGUAGUUUAAAUGCUGAUAGAGCUACAGGAACCUGGCAGAUCAGCAUCACAUCCAGCAACCCAUACACAGUCAAAGUAACAGGUCAGAGUGUCAUUGCCUUCAUCUACGACUUUGUAGAAAAAUUUGAAGGCCCUCACCCAGGAUACUCUGUACUAACAGGACGCCCACAAGAAGGUCAGCCUGCCAACCUGAUGCUGCCUGUAAUGGGUAGAAAAGGCCCCAGUUCUCUGAAAGUAAAGGAAGUCAGUUUAAUUUCGGUGUCCAGCUCUGGCUCUACCAAUGCUACGAUCUCUGACAUGGGGAAUGGAGUGAUCCUGGCCACUGUCCCACUUGUGCCCAAAGAAGAGUUUGUGGUUCGUGUGAAAGGAAUAGAUACAGUUUCAAACACAGAGUUUCAGCGACAGUCCACCACUCAGAUGUCUGUCUCUAAAGUCAACAUCCAGGCCACUGUAUCCAGCAGUAUGGAGCCAGGUAAAGUAUUCACACUGCCCUUUAGUGUCUUUACAAAUGGUGCUGGAGGCCAAUAUAAAAUCAAUGCUCGAAAUGACAGGGAUUUCUCAAUGACCUACCCAAGCAGUCUCAGUGUGACAUCAGGACAAAAUUCCAAAGCUGAGUUGACAAUAAUGCCCCCUGCUGACACAGUAUCCGGCACUGACAUCACCUUGACCCUGGAGGCAUCUCUUGGCUCUGACUCCAAUUACGUUGUACUGAGAUUUUCUGUUCUCGAAAAGAUUACAGAUUUCUACCCGCCCUUGUGUGAAAUCGUCAGCGUACAAGUCGCUUGUUCCCACGAUCUGUCUCAGUGCCAUAGUUCUGCGUGGGAACUCGUGGCGAACCUCACAGACGGAAACGGCACCGGCAUCGAGAGCGUGAAACUGCAACAGGGCAACGCGAAUCUCACCGAAGUCAUCCACGGAGAUCCUGCUCAGUACCGAUACAACGCCUCCUGCUGUUCACAAGUGGUAGAAAUUGUAGCUGUUGAUAAAAUCGGAAAUGUUGGAAAAUGUUACCACUCCAUCGAACGCAGCGCAAGUGCUCCUGCUGAGAGACUGUCUGUUCUGGUGAUGUUGUCGCUUUUGUUUUCACUGUUUAUUGUCAGGCCAAAUUAGACUUUCCAUUAUAAAACUGAUGCACAUUGACAUGCACACGAGAAUUGUGUACUAUAGUGAGUGAGACUAUCUUUUGUGAGUAUUUUAAAAUGUAAUAAAAUAAAAUAAAAUCUAUGAAAACUAUUUGGAUUUAAAUGUAUUCUUGGAAUAGGUGUCCAAAUCAAACUAAAAAAACGCUUGAUACUACAUAGAGUAUAAUAAACUACAAUACAAUACAAAAACAAAGAAAACUGUAUAUGUCCAAAAGAAAAAAAAUAGAAAAAACGAACCUAAAAAAAACAAGCAAUUGUAAAUACAUGAAUGCAGGUACCCUUUCAGUAAGAAAGGGCAUGAAAUGAAACAAAGAGUAGAUUUGGACUGGUGUUCUGAGAUUUUAAUUGUGUGUAUUUCAGUGUGAAGGCUGUAUCAAAUGGUGAAGUUCCUUGAGUGCAUCACAUGUGUAUAUUAAACAUUGACUUUAUAUAUUUGUUUGACUAUUACACAUUGAAUUGUUUAACCACUGAAAUCUUAUGUAUGUUUAAAGGUACCACUGUGUGAAACAUGUAUGCUUUUGAGGUACUCCUUUGCAGAUAUAGGUUGUGUCCUUUUAAGGAAAUUCAUUGUAAAGUAGCAGCAGUGGAGAUGGUUCGGCCUGGUGCGAAACUAAACAAACUGGUGAUUUACAUUGGGCUGCUGUCAACUCCCUAAACCUAAAGGAAUGCAGAGAUACUCCAAGGAAGAUUCAAGGCGUUACCUGUUCAACAUAUUAUUUGCAUAUUCAUAUGGAUGUCUAUAAAAUCUGAUUUGAGGUAUUCAGAGGCGUCCAGAUUUGCCUGAUUUAAGACCUGUGUAGUCGUAGGUGGUCAGGGGUAACGAUCUGACCCAGAGCUCUGUAUUAGAAUUGUAUUGUUUAGGGAAUAAAUUAUUUUUGAUUUUAA